AUGACUGCGGAGGAAGUGGCUGAAUGCAUGCUAACUCAAAGGGAAGGAGAAGAACAAAAUCUCUCUUCGCUUCAGCGAUUGCGACAGUUCGGAAGUUACAUUUUUUCUCCUAGGGGCCUUGAAGAGGAUGGUAGGCGGCUAUUCCGCACAAUCAUUCCGUGCUAUGAAGACACGAACUCGACUGCAAAGCAUUUCCAGAUAGGGAAGGAGGACUUCAACGGUCGCAUCUAUUUCUUGCUAUUGCAUCUAUGGUCUCUUCACUGUGCUCUUCAGAAAUCAGUGAGCGAGUUCAGAGUUCCAGCUAUACUUCGCGAGCAGCAGUUCACCUCUCUGGGUUUUUGUGUCUCCUUGGAUGAAGCAUUUGAAGAUGAGAAGGGUUUUCCCGCAGGGCAACUGGCGCAUCGUCUUUGGGUGACGGUUUUUGAGGCUGCGGAGUCGAAGCGGGAGUCUUCCGAACUAAUCGAGCUGACCACCUACGCGUUGAGGGCACGAAGCUUUGCUUUGCAGCUCUCGCGAGAUGCUUUGAUACAGGGGACAUUCCGGUGGCCGACAUGGCCCCCUGUGGAGGCUUGUUGA